UGACGAACGUGCUGGAGCCGGAGCUCCGAGACCCGGAAAGAGGGCGGGCUUGAGCAAGCAUGGCCGGGCAGCGCCUCCUGGUACCCCGGCUGGAGGGUGUUUCGCGGGAGCAGUUCAUGCAACACCUCUACCCACAGAGAAAACCUCUUGUGUUGGAAGGGAUUGAUUUGGGGGCCUGUACAAGCAAGUGGACAGUGGAUUACCUAAGUCAAGUUGGAGGGAAGAAAGAAGUAAAGAUUCAUGUUGCUACAGUUGCACAGAUGGACUUCAUUAGUAAGAACUUUAUAUAUAGAACUUUACCUUUUGAGGAGUUAGUUCAGAGGGCAGCUGAAGAAAAGCAUAAAGAAUUCUUCAUUUCAGAGGAUGAGAAAUACUACUUACGGUCACUUGGAGAAGACCCUAGAAAGGAUGUUGCAGAUAUCAGAAAGCAGUUUCCUUUGUUGGAAGGAGAUAUUAAGUUUCCAAAAUUCUUCAAAGAGGAGCAGUUCUUUUCCAGUGUUUUUCGGAUUAGUUCACCAGGAUUACAACUUUGGACUCACUAUGAUGUAAUGGAUAACUUCUUAAUACAAGUGACAGGAAAAAAGCGUGUUGUACUCUUCAGUCCUCGAGAUGCCCAGUACUUAUAUUUAUCAGGUACUAAAUCAGAAGUUCUGAAUAUUGAUAACCCAGACUUGACUAAAUAUCCACUCUUUUCUAAGGCUAGACGGUAUGAAUGUUCCCUUGAAGCUGGUGAUAUAUUAUUUAUUCCUGCAUUAUGGUUCCAUAAUGUAAUUUCUGAAGAGUUUGGAGUGGGAGUGAAUAUCUUUUGGAAGCACCUUCCGUCUGAAUGCUAUGAUAAAACAGAUACCUAUGGAAACAAAGAUCCUGUAGCAGCAUCAAGAGCUGCACAAAUUUUGGACAGAGCCUUAAGAACACUGGCUGAAUUACCAGAGGAGUACAGGGACUUCUAUGCAAGGCAAAUGGUCUUACACAUUCAAGAGAAAGCCUACAGCAAGAACUUUGAGUAAAUGAUUAAGUGAAUGCAAUGCAUAUAAACAUUUUAAUAAAUGUUAUACAUUUCCAAAUAUUGGAAAAGUAUAACAAGAUAUAAAUUUUUAAAGAUUCAUUCUUUGUUAAAAUAGGAAAGAUAAAGAUAAAUCAAUUUCAGAUUUACAAAUUAAAUAACUUUGAAGGGGUAUGUGUGUUAUCUACUUAAUACAGAUUAUUAUAGAUUUAAAAAAACUUAUAGCUUUCAGUUACAAGUCACUAAAACUCCAACUUAAAAUGACUUAAACAGUAAGAAAAUACAUUGUAUCGUGAUCCAUGAAAUCUGGUAGAAUGGACUUCAGUGUCUCUAAUCCACAGUAAUGUUGUCGAGUUUUUUCCCCCCUUUCAACCAUGGCAUUGGCAUCAUCCUCAGGCUGGCUACCCUCGUGGUCAAGGGAUGACUGCCAGCAGCAGUUGGGGCCUUGUGCAUCUUCAUUUACAUGCAGCAGAAGAGUCAGGCUGGAUUCCAGGGGCCCUGUCUUAACAUCAGAAAGCUUUCCCAGAAUUCGCUUUCAAAUGUUUGGGUCUCCUUGCUCAAAAGUGGCUUAUACCUAUCCAUUUACACAAAGCAUUUGGGUCUAGGGGAGCUAAGAAUAGAAUCCUGUUCCUUUGAAGUGUAUAUAAAUGGGGGUAGAAUGGAUAAUUUUUUUUUUCUUUUUUCUUUUUGAGACAGAGUCUCAAGCUGUCACCCUGGGUAGAGUGCUGUGGCAUCCCAGCUCACAACAACCUCAAACUCUUGGGCUUAAGCGAUUCUCUUGCCUCAGCCUCACAAGUAGCUGGGACUACAGGUGCCCGCCACAACACCUGGCUGUUUUUUGGUUGUAGUUGUUGUUGUUUGGCAGGCCUGAGCUGGAUUUGAACCUGCCAGCUCCGGUGUAUGUGGCCAGUGCCCUAGCCCCAGGGCUACAGGCGCCAAACCUGGAUAAUUUUUUUUAAAUCAGGGUUCUGAUAGGAAAGGAAAAGGAUGGGCAACCAAUAAUGUCUACUAACUAUAUUUGCCUAGAAUCAGAAUCUUUUAACAAACUUUUUGAAACCUGCAGAUGCCUAAGCCCCAACUUUGUAGAGUUUGAUUCAGCAUGUUUGGGAUUUGGUAUAGAUACCUAAUAUCGAUGUCAUAGAAUGUUUCGAUGUAAUCAGAACUGAGAAUUACUAAAUUUAAUAGCAGUGAUUUGGACUAUUAGUUGUGUGAUUUGUCCAAAACAAAUGUUUGAUCUGAUCUUAGUCUUUCUUGACACCCAGUGUCAGAUCUUUUGUUGUUUUUUUUUUUUUUGGCCAGGGCUGGGUUUGAACUUGCCACCUCCGGCAUAUGGGGCUGGCGCCCUACUCCUUGGAGCCACAGGCACCGCCCAGAUCUUUGGUUUUUGACUAUCAGAAAAUCAGUUUUAAUUUAUACCUGUGUCUAAACCUUGACCUAAUUCAAAAUUUUCCCCACUAAAUAUUUUUUUAACCUAUCCCUUUUUUAAAAGAUUUUUUUUUUAAUGAAUAAAUGAGAGAUCCUGAUAAUGUCAUUGAAAACAGUGAGCUGUUGUGUGUGGAUCUGUGCUAUUGUUUUGCCCCUAGUUAUUAUAUUGUAAUGCCACCAAAGAAAGAGCAAAUGUAUUUACUGAACACAAAUGUACCCAUCUAAAGCCCUCUCUGAAUACCAUCAAUUUGGUGCAUUUUAAUUAUGAAGAACAUAAUUGUCCCUAUUGAAGAUAAUCCAUCUACUUAAGUCCUGUGUUGGAUUAAUUUCAGGUAUAAAAAGCAAAUUACAUUAGAUAAGAAAGGAAAGUAUAUACAAAAUUGUGAAUUUCCUAGGCAUCUUUAGAAAGAGAUAAUGAAGUUAGGUCAACAACGGUGAAAAAAGAGUCCCUUAAAAAAAAAAAGAAUUGUUUAAGCAUAUUACGUAGAGCUAAUUGUCAGAUUUUUAUCUUUGGUUGCUUCUUAGGCUCAGCAAAGAACUUUAAUGAUUCCUUUUCCUUCAAGAAAGAAAAAGAUAAAAUCCCUCUUAGGUUACACAGUAUUUAUAGUCAGCUUUUAAUAAAUCUUUAGUUUUUUUCUUUGUUUCUUAAUCAGUAAGAGAGAAUCGGUACAAAGUAUAAAUAAAUCCAGUCAUAGAAAACUUGAAAGUAAAACAGAUUCCAGUUUGCCCACUGUGGAUUUCUAUUGUAAUUAAGUUGUUCAGUGGGGAAGUAAACUUAUUUUCAUCUUUAAAAUAGAACAAAUAGUGUAUUUCAUAGAAGAUAGUUGAGGACUAUAAAAGGCAAGGGACAAUUCAAGGCCAGGUACAUAGUUGAUGGUUGGUGCUAGUUAAUCCAUUUAAUAAUAUUCCUUCUUUGCUGAGAAAUUUGAAGUAGCUCCUGUUGCAAACUUGUAAUACAGUAAAAUCUCUAUUGUUGACACCUCCCUACAUUGACCACCUCCUUAAAUUGACCUCAUUUUCAUAGACCAGACAUGCACAUGGAUGUAUCAGUACUGUGGUUUAUGUUGACUACCUCCGGAUGUUGACUGGUUUGUUACAGUCCCUUGGUUGGUCAACUUACUAUUUUUAGAAAACUAAAAAUGAACCCUUUGAGAAGUUUUAAAAUUAUUUCCCUGGCUAUAAUUUUUAAUGUUAAGAGUUUAUGUAGUUUAGACACAAAGUACUUAAAAUUCUUUUGCUUACUGGGUUAAGGCCAAAUGAGAUGUUUAUUUUUAAUGUGUAAAAUAUUAUAUACUGUGCAUGUUCUCAGGAAUUCCAAAUCUCAAAAAUUCUUUUUGCCAGAAGGAAUUUUAGAAACCAUGUAAUCAACCCAGAUUGCUUAAAUGAGUGUCUGGGCUCACAAAGCUGUGGGACAUAGAAACUGAGAUUACAGUUGUGGUGACCAAUAAUCCUCCAUCUUUCUCCCUUGUGGGGAGAACAUCUCAAAUACUUCUUUGGCUAAGUGUGGGGGCUUGACCUGAUGUACAAAGACAUUUUCUGCUUUGCCAAUAAAACUUCUCACUGCAUUGCUUGCUAGACAAAAUUCAAAGAAAAUUAUGAACAGGUAGCAGUAACAUAAGAAAUGUUACAUACUAUGCAGUCAUGCAGAGAAUGAGGCAAAAGUAUAUGUGUAUACAGGCAUAGGAUUUUUCCAAUGUAAUUUCAUAGGUUUGAAACUAUACUGCCAUUGUGUAAAACAAAGUAUGCUGUAUGUAAACAUUUAUUUGCACAUGCAUAGAAUUAUCUCUGCAAGGAUGCACAAGAAACCAGUGAUAGUGGCUGCCUCUGAGAAGAGGCUGAACAAAUAGAUGGGUAGAUUGGAACUGCAGUUUGUAGUAUUUGAAUUUUUGUUCACCAUAUCCUUUCAAAAUAUUUUUAAAAUACCAUGUGUAGUAUGUAAUUAUUAGCUUUUUGUGAACAUUAAAAGUAUAGCAGAACCUCUGUAAGUUGAUCACCCACAGGACUAUAACAAAUUGGUCAGCAUACAAAAAUGGUCAACAUAAGGAAUUAGAUCUACUGGACAGGUAAAUGUGGUGAAUGUCCAGUUUAUGAACAAUUAGGUCAACUUGAGGUGGUCAACCAUGGAGGUUCUACUCUAUUUCUUCUGAUAUAUGAGUAUAUUGGAAUCCUAUUUACUGUUUGUGUUCUUUUUAUUUUUAUUUAUUUUUUUUUUUUGAGAUAGUCUCACUCUGUCACCCAGGCUAGAGUGCCAUGGUGUCAUAGCUCACAGCAACCUCAAACUCCUGGGCUCAAGCAAUUCUCUUGCCUCAGCCUCCCCCCAAGCCUCCACCACCACACCCAGCUAGGAUUGGAAUUCUCCUUAUUCACUAAUUAAUUUCAAACUUUUCACUUUCAUGAAAUAUCAAAUUGAGAAGGGAAACAAAGUUAACGAGACUUAAUUUUUAUCCUUCAUCCUUUUGAAUAGGAGCUAUGUGAACAUUUGGAAAGAACCUUAGUAAAGAGGCUUUUCUAUCACCUAUCAACACCUGCCAACAGACAUCAAAGCAGAAUCUAAGAAGUUGACAAAAAGAAAAAAAACACAGGAAGCUGGAAGGCAGGUCUGGAUGGAAUUAGAACUGUACUACUGUGACUCUUGUCUCAGCGUUAAAAAAUAGAUGUAGUCAGGAGGAACUAAGAGUUUGGCAUUCAUCCACACAUCUCCAGAGUUAACCUUAGUCUCAUAUCAAGCACACAAGGUGUGUGGGUGUCUUAAAUAUACCUAGUUGUAUUCUCUUUUGAAGUUCAUUAAUUGGGAUACUAAAAUGACCACCUAAGUGACUGCCUGUCUUUACUAGAGGCUGCUAGUUCUCUCUGCCUUUGUAAAGAGCAAAGAGUUUAUGGGCGAAGUCUAGUAGAUCUUAUCUUCUAGUGUAUGUUCCUCCUAAAGUCCCCAAAGUGAAAUAAAACAGAAUAGCUCUUUUAUGAAUACCUUUUAUUUCAUAUUUUACCUCUUAAGCUUUAGUAUAUUACACAUUUCCAUAUUAACAUGCUAGGACUUUUGUCCUGUAUCCUCAUUGCCUAGACCCUUCUUACCUUUGGUGGAUGUUUAGAUAUUUAUUACAUGAAUGAGACAAAAAAUAGGUCACACCAUAUUCUAACCUUUUUUUUUUUUUUUUUUUUGGCCAGGGCCAGGUUUGAACCUGCCACCUCUGGUAUAUGGGGCAGGCACCCUACUCUUUGGGCCAAAGGCGCCACCCUCUAACCAAGUCUCUUAAGAAGCUAAAGGAACACCUGAGAUGAUUAGCAUGGAAAAGCAAGAACAUAACUUGUUAGAGAUUUUAUUCUCUAGGAAAUCCAACAGAAGAAAUGCAUAUUUAAAAGGGCAGAGAGAAGUAUUAAGUUGCUCACUUGAAAAACAUGGAGGUUAAUGAAAAGAGAUAUAGUAAGUCCUCACUUAAGGUUAAUAGGUUCCUGGAAACUGACUUAAAGAAAAAAGACAUACACGUUCUUGCAUGACAUUAUUUUGUUCAAUGUUGUUUGGUUACAACAUUGAUAGGGGAAACAACUGGUUUAAUUAUACAUCAUUUCUCCGAAGGUUGCAAUUUCCAAGAAUCUACUGAUGAGGUUUAAACCCAAAGGGGCAAAAUGGAGAGAAACAGCUUCCUUUCAAAUAAUGAUCUGAGGAUUUAACAAUGCUAAUAAUAUAAAGCACAUCCAAAUUUACUGGAAUAUUAAUUUUAAUACAAUUAUACAUUCAUGCUGUGGUGAUAACUUUAUUAUUUGUAUAACUAUGUUUCUCAAUUGACUCAUGACAAAAGGCACAAUCCAAAAGGAUACACCAACAUUUACAGUAACAGUUUUAAACAAAUGUGGAGAAAGGACCAAUUUGAAGUACUGAACAGAAAACAUCUGAAUAUUGAUCAACUUGAAUAAAUUUUCAUUCCAGAAAAUAUUUUUACUUUGCAACAUUGUUUCAUCUUGCUCUGAUGGCAGUUCUAGGUGCCCAGUGAGUUAUUCUUAAUAUCCAUUCAUCAUAUAACAAGCAUUUACAUAGCUGAAUAGCUGAAGAACUCAUGAUUUUUUUACAUGAAUUCUUCAGCUAAAAAGUCUGUCUUUUCCAUUUUAGUUAAUCCUAUGAAAAUAAAAGUUUAUCGCCUUCCGCCUUUACAGCAUUGAGUAUCUCAGCUAUUUUUACAUGAGAUACAUGUGAAUUUAGCCAAGCAUUAUAAAACAAAUUGAAAAACACCAUCCGAUCAUGUGCUUAAAGGAAUCAACCUAUCUUGUUUCCCUGAGAGGAAUUUUUGGUCUCAAACAGCAGGUA